AUGGUUGGCAUUGUAUCAUUCGUUCUAAUAGUGGUGCUAGCAGUGACUUUGAGGUCAAGCGGCAAAACUGCAACAAGUAUUAGUGGUAUUCCUUAUAUACCACCUACCACUACGACUAUUACCACAACAACUACUACUACCACUACCAGCACAACAACCACAACCACAACAGCAACUUCAACAACAACAACAUCAACAACAACAACAUCAACAACAACAACUUCAACAACAACAACAUCAACAACAACAACAUCAACAACAACAACUUCAACAACAACAACAUCAACAACAACAACAUCAACAACAACAACUUCAACAACAUCAACAACAACCACCACAACUACUACCACUGCGACUGUUAGAACAAGAGCACCUAGUGCUAAUGCCGAAGUAGCUUCAAUACUUGAACUUAAUGAAAUAUCAACAAUAAUUUUCUGUCCUAUGAAUGAAUUUACUUGGGAAACUUAG